CGGUCGCAACCUUGGCCAUUAGGCGACGAUUAUGCCGGCGGUACCACCAGAUAGAUCUAUUCGCAUCUGCGCGGACAGAGGUGGCACCUUCUGCGAUGUUUAUGCGUCAUAUCCAGACCCAGAGAACCCCGGGCAGAUCAAGGAGAUCGUCGUAAAACUACUAUCGCAAGAUGCUGGGAAUUACAAGGAUGCCCCAACCGAAGGUAUCAGGCGAGUGCUUGAGACUGCGACUGGGGAAGGGUACCCCAAAGGCUCUGUUCUGAAGACUGACAAGAUUGAUUACAUCCGGCUGUCGACUACGGUUGCAACAAAUGCAUUGCUCGAGCGUAAAGGGGAGAAGCAUGCGUUACUCAUCACCAAGGGCUUCCGCGAUCUGCUGCUGAUCGGGAACCAGUCUCGUCCCAAAAUCUUCGACCUCAACAUCCGGCGACCACCACCACUCUACUCUACCGUGAUCGAGGUCGACGAGCGCGUGACGCUGGUAGGAUACACGAGCGAUCCGAAGGCCGAGGAGCAUGCCGUGCAGUUCGACAAAGACGGAAAGGUCACGCGCGGGUACAGAGGCAAGGGAUGGGACGGCGAAGGCUUGGCAGAUGGCCCCGGAGAGGUUGUUCAAGGGUUGAGCGGCGAAGCGGUCAGGAUCAUGAAGAAGCCUGACCUCGACGCAAUAAGAAAAGACCUGCAGAAACUCUAUGACGAAGGCUACCGGUCGCUCGCAGCCGUACUCUGCCACUCCUACACAUACCCGGAGCACGAACUCGCAGUGGGCGAAGUGGCGAAAUCAAUCGGCUUCAAGCAGAUUUCUCUCUCUUCACAGCUACUUCCCAUGAUCAAGAUGGUCCCGCGUGGCGUGUCGUCGACGGCGGACGCGUACUUGACCCCAAUCCUGAAAAUCUACCUGGAUGGUUUCUUCAGCGGUUUCGACGAGAAGCUCAAGGACGGCCGCCUGCGUAGCCCGCGUGUCGAAUUCAUGGGCAGUGACGGCGGUCUCGUGGACCUCAACAACUUCUCAGGGCUUAAGAGCAUCCUGAGUGGGCCGGCGGGUGGUGUUGUCGGACACGCACUGACAAGCUGGGACCCGGACCGCAAGCACCCUGUCAUUGGGUUGGAUGUCGGCGGCACUUCGACCGACGUCUCGCGCUUCGACGGGCGAUACGAGGUCGUGUACGAAACCACAACAGCGGGCGUGACGAUCCAGUCUCCACAGCUGGAUAUCAACACCGUCGCCGCCGGGGGCGGGUCUUGUCUGACGUUCCAGAGCGGUCUCUUCCGUGCGGGGCCACACAGUGCAGGUGCCGAUCCCGGCCCCGCCUGCUACCGGAAAGGCGGGCCACUCGCUGUGACCGACGCCAAUCUCAUCCUCGGACGGCUCGUCCCCCGGUAUUUCCCGAAGAUCUUUGGCAAAAACGCGGACGAACCUCUUGACGCGCAAGCAUCGUUGACGAAGUUCGAGGAACUUGCGAAGGAAAUCAACGCGACAUACGACAAGGGGCUUGACCUCGACGAGGUUGUGUAUGGCUUCAUCAAAGUCGCGAAUGAGACAAUGUGCCGUCCAAUCCGAGCCCUUACUGAGGCACGAGGAUAUGCUCUGCACAAGCACGUCCUUGCGAGUUUUGGUGGAGCCGGGGGCCAGCACGCCUGCGAGAUUGCCAAGCUACUCGGCAUUAAGACAAUCCUUAUCCACCGAUACAGUUCCAUUCUGUCCGCCUACGGCCUCGCUCUAGCCGACCGUGCCUUCGAACUGCAGGAACCAUCUUCAACGUUCUACACGGCCCAGAACCGUCCGACGCUCAAGGCACGGCUCGACAAACUGGAUGCGGACGUGCGCGCGGAGCUCAAGCGGCAGGGCUUCGAAGGCGAGCACGUGCACACGGAGCGGAUGCUGAACAUGCGGUUCGAGGGCACGGACACGGCGCUGAUGGUGCUGCCCGCGGACGAGGACGGCGAUGGGCAGGAGGACUUCGAGGCCGCGUUCCGGCGGGUGUACAAGGCCGAGUUCGGGUUCCUGCUCGAGACGAAGACGGUCACCGUCGACGACGUCAAGGUGCGCGGCAUCGGCAAGACGUUCGACAAGCUUGGCGAGUCUGUGUAUGCCGAGCUCGAGAAGCUCGAGACGCGCCCCGUCGACCGCGCGAAGGCGGACACGACGCACAGCACGUACUUCGACGGCGUCGGACGCGUAGAGGACACUCCGGUCUUCCUGUUCUCGUCUCUACACACCGGUGACACCCUCGAAGGCCCGGCGAUGAUCAUUGACGACACACAGACGAUUGUGCUGAUACCUGGCGCGAAGGCGACCUUGACCAGCAAACACUUGUACAUCACUGUGGAGUAGGGUAGUCGACAGUUCGAGUGGACGGAAAAGAACUAUGGAUGUAUCAAUAUGCCAUACGCACUGCGAAAGAAUGUAACGCUAAGACCGGCUGUUGUUGUCUGCAGUGUCAUCUUCCAAGUAUGAUCUGUGUUUCCGAGGUGUUUACUGCAGAAGACAUGUAAACACUGACCAUUGGGGCACAUCGACUUUCUUCCGAGCAUUAUGUCUAGUACAGCCCACAAAAUCAAGCUUCCAACUUCUACUCAUCGUCAUAGCCAGUUACUGGCACUCUUGGUCGAUUCGGGACUAUUAGGAAGGCAAC